AUCUGGUCACUACAUGAACUUUGUAAUACUUGUGACGUUGAAUCACUUUGUCCUAUCAGGAAACAGAAGAGCUAUAAAUCACCCUCCAGUGAAGAAUUCCUGCCAAUUCUACAACUACCUGAUGAAGACUAUUGGAAUUAAUACCACAACAAAGGACAGAAGAAACUUCUGAUCUUCAUGGAAACAAAAGAGAUGAUUCUGCCAGCAGUGUUCCUGUGUUUCACAGCUGUGCUGCCUCCGUCCACUGGACAGGAAACUGCAGCUCUCAAUGCUCUGUCAAGCAGCAGAGCAGAGCAGCAGAAAUUGAUUGUUGACAGACAUAAUGCCCUCAGGAGAGGAGUAAAACCAACUGCCAGCAACAUGAUGAAGAUGGAAUGGUGUCCUGCAGCUGCAGAGAAUGCCCAAAAUUGGGCCAAUCAAUGUAAUUUAAGGCACAGUCCUCCUAACCUGAGGAGAACCAAUGUUCAAUGUGGUGAAAAUCUCUUCAUGUCCUCUGCCCCGUUCUCAUGGUCAGAUGUUCUUCAGACCUGGUACAAUGAGGAGAAAAAUUUCGAAUAUGGAACUGGGGCAAAACCAAAAGGUGCUAUGUUUGGCCAUUACACUCAGAUGGUUUGGCACAAUUCUUAUAAAAUUGGAUGUGGUUUUGCUUUCUGCAGCAACACUACGUACAGUUACUUUUAUGUCUGCCAGUACUGCCCCGUGGGAAACCUAAUAGGUUCAAUGAAGACACCCUACAAGGAAGGAGAGCCCUGUGGGGAUUGCCCCAAUGCUUGUGAGGAUGGACUAUGCACCAACCCCUGCAAGUACCAGGACCUCCUUGGAAACUGCAAAAAUUUGAAAAUGUUGUUUGGCUGUAACCACUCACUGGUGAAGAAGAAGUGUCCUGCAAGCUGCAAAUGCACCACUCAAAUCAUCUAA